AUGCAGCUCUCCACCAUCGCCGUCCUCGCGCUCGCCGCCUCUGCCUCCGCGGCCGCUACCGGCGACGCUGCUGAAGCCGCCGACACGCUCGACGCACGCUGGAAAAAGGCCGAUGGAGUCGUCAUCGUCACCGGUGACAUGCUCGCCUGCCGUACCGGGCCCAGCACGAAACGUACCGCCAAACGCCGGUUCGCCAAGGGCACGGCCGUGAAUGUCAAGUGCCUCGACUUCUCGACCACCAUCGGGCCGUGGCUGUAUACUCCUGACUACGACUGCUAUUUUGCUGCUGCGUGGGCGACGUACAGCAACAAACUCCCUAUUUGUUAG